AACACGGAAAUGAAAACAAUAUGGAGGAAGAAGGAGAUGUUGUUUACCAGGGUGAGGUUUUUAAGUUAAGUGAGGCAAAAAAACGACUCAUUGGCUCCAAAGCAGGAUCUUGGAAAGCAAAAUAUUUGAUAUUUCGAUUGAAAAGUGACAAGCCCAUCCUUGAAUAUCAUAAGAGAAAACCAAAACACAACAAAAAACAUGAAAAGAAUAUUACAGAUAGUGUUGAGCUCUGGCCAACUUUUAAAGUGGAGAAGUUGAAGAAUGCCAGAGGAAGAACUUAUGUCUGUGAAAUUACCUCCCCUGCCCAUCACAUAUUUCUUUCGGUGAAUGAAGAAAAAGAACUAGAUGUAUUGGUUUUUCUUUUACAAGUACAGAUUAGGCUCAAAAGUAACAUUAGAGAUGAUCUUAUCACAGUGCUGCCAGAGGACACAGAGUGUCUCCGAAAGAUUGGAGCAGCAGGCUGUACUUGUAUAUUACAUGCAUCUCCAUGGGGGCUAACUCUUGCUCUUGAGAAAACAAGAGCGCUACUUGCCCAGUGGCCGCUCAAAAGCAUUCGUUACUAUGAAGUACCCGCCCCAGGUCAUUUCAACAUAGAGGCUGGACGAGUAGCUCCAAUGGGAGAAGGUCUGUUUCAGUUUAAGACUCAAGGUGGAGAAGAAGACUUUAUGUAUGACCUAGUGGACAGUUACAUUGUCAACACAUUGGACAGAGUCAAGCCCACUCAGAAAGGAACUCCUGAAGAAAUAGAAGACUACAUUAGGGAACAUGAAUGUCUCCAUUCUCUCACAGCCAUUACCGUCUGCUCUAAACAAGAACCAGAGAUCAGAAAUAUCCUCAGCAAAACUUGGAACAUUCCAAACUCUCUUUCAGAAGAGUUUAGUCCUGGCCAGCAGAGAAGUCUAUCAGAAAAUAGAGAAAGAGCUCAGUUCUCACCUGAACGACAAGUACAGGCCUCUAGCUUGAUCGUAAAUCUAGAAAGACCAGAUACAUCUAGAAAUGGCCACCAUGCUAAUGAUGAAAUAAGAAUCACUGAUCGGCCACCGCCCCCACCUACACGAUCCACUAAUGGGGGCAGGCCUCGACGAAGUCAAAGAAGAGAGCACAGUAUUCCUAGAAAGGUGGACAUCCCUUCUGUGUCCUCGGAUGUGCACAGCCCCAAUCCAGGUUCACCUGGAAUAGCGUUAAUAACGCCCAGCUCAGGCAAUAAAAAGAGACCCCCCACUAGCCUAAACUUCAGCACAGAUGUCAGUCAUGGUGAGGUUCAUCGUCACACUGAGUUCUACAAUCUUUCCUCGCCAAACAUGAAAGUCAGGAAGAGCAAGUCUCCCAUCAUAACCAGGAACACAAACAAAGUUGGCCGAGCAGAGUACCUUAUGUCUCAGCAGCAGAGUGGGGUCAAGUCUCCGACAAUCUCUUUAUCAGAAAACAGAGGCUUUGGAGGUACAAACUCUUUGGAGCGAAAUGCACUGGGUAAAAGUCCAGGCAGCAUUUCUGAUUACUGCAACACAGAUCACCGUGGUUCAGAUCUUGGGCAAAUUGGUCAAGACAAUUCUGCUGAUCACUUACAAGAAAAGUUGUCAAAAAAUGUCAGUGGGAGUGAGCAGAGUGUCAUCAGUGGCUCCAGUUUUUCAGCUAGAGGCUACAUCAACUUGCAAGAUGACUCAAAUGAAAGAGAUAGUCACCAUCAACGUCAAGUCUCUGUACCUGAAACCAUGGCAUCCAGCAGUGUGCCACAUUAUAAUAGGUUCAUCUCCAAAGAAAGUAUGAGCAGUGAUGUUUUCUCCCCUCCUGUGGUGCGUCACAUCAGGCAAAGGUCGGCAGAUGAACUUAGCCAUGUGUCCUUUGAUAGCACAGAUGGUAAAGUUCAUUCCAGUCAUCCAUCAUCCUAUGGCAGACAGCAUUUGGACAGCAGACCAGAAUCAGAAGUAAGCAGAAUUUCUGAAGAUUUCCAUGAAGUAGGUAGAGGGGUUGCAAGCCGAAAAGUGUCUGGGUUGGACAGCAUUGAUGACACUGUUAGUGAAUGGCUAAUGUCUGCCAGCUGUGAAGAUUUAAGUGACCAUAUGAAAACUGUCAUUUAUGAUGAUAACAAUAAUGGUAAAAACGGCUCAAGUCCUGAUGAGGCUAAACUGAACACAGUUAAAGAUGCUGAUAGCAGUCUAACUCUCUCCUCUAAUGGUUCCUCUACAUCUAAUGAGAAACCACCUCUACCUUUUACAGGGUUAAAGAAGUUUCACGACAAUACUGAUGUUGGUGGUGGAAGGGACAGAAGCAGAUCAUUUGGAUACAUGAAUCUACCGCCAAACAGCGUCACAGUAACAUCGUCACCUAGGGUCCAGUCAUCUGCCCCAAGUGCUCAUCUAAUACGUAAAAUGGUAAACGUUAGAGCUAAACAGGAAACUUUGAGGAAGUCACUGUCGAAUCCCAAUUUCUUAAAUCUUGGAAGCAAAGAGCACCUAUUUAACCUGAAGACUGCUUCUAAUGGGGCAUCUUCAAAACUCAACACAGAGGCCAAACAAAAGAGUAAGUCAUUCAGCAGUUUGUUCCCUGCUAUUAAAAAAGCUUUUAGUCGAGAAAGUUUAGGCCAUAGCCGUAGCACCACACCUGAAAGAAGACACAGUCGGAACUCAACACCCGAGCGGCGGUCAAGCUUUAGUUUAAGGAGGAGAGGCAGUGAUUCAGAGUCUAACUUUAAAAGGCAGAAUAGUUUUCACACUAUUGGGGAGAUGACCAUCAAGGGUGUUCGUAUGACAGAAAGAAGCAGGUCUUUUAGAAAAGUACGUGGAGCCAAGUCAGUUGAGGCUCUAUCUAGAACCCCAGAUGAAGCUGACAUGGGUCGCCUAAGUUCUGCUACAACAGCCUCUUGUCCUCCUACUGAUGGGCUAAGAGGAACAAGCAGCAGACACACUGCAUCCAGUCGAGUGUCUGAUAUGAGUAGAAACAUAGAUGCACACAGCUCAGUUGAGGUCAGGCACUCUGACCUGCACUCCACAGUCCCGGCAAGAAAUUCAGCACCAUUGAGUGCGACCAACCCUAACUAUGUCACCACAGCCAGGAUUGAACUGUCCCCAACCAUGGUUCCAGCCCAACCUGCUGAACCACCUCUGCCACCACUUCCUGCCAGGGUUAAACUUGAUGUCAACUUGGGUUUAAAUGAGGUUGUCAAAGUAACCCAAGAUCCAGGCGGCCCUGAAAAAUCAGUUGGUUAUCUAAACGUGUUAACUGACUACUCACCUUCUAGCCAUGAGUCUAAACUUUCUUUAAGCAGUUCUACUGGGCUUACAGAAACUAUUGAAAAACCAAGUAAUUGCAGCUUUGAUCAGGUUUCAGCCACCCAUGAAUCAGACUACCAUAAUUAUUCCCAAAAGGUCAUACCUUGUUCUAGUCCAGCUGCCAAUGUGUCAGAAUUUAACAUACUUUAUGAGAAUGCACCAGAUGUUGACACCACAAUAAAAACAACAGAGAAGCCAAAACAGCCUCGAAGGCCCCUUGUGUCAGACCUUGUCGCUCAAAUGGAAAAACAAGGGGGUCACCCUGAGCCUACAAAAACAUCAGAAAAGUCCCCCAGAGUAUUCCACAGAGCUCUGCCUCCCCGAGACUUAGAGGUUGAGAAGGCCAACAUUAAAGCAACUAAGUCAGCAGAUAAACCUAGAAGUGAUGGUGAUGAAAUACACAUAAAGGCUUUCUCUCAUCACUUGAGACCCAGUGAUGAAGUGGCGAGAGGACGCCCUCAGCAGAGACCAGUGACCAGAUGUUCAAAUGAUGAAGCCAAACCAAGUAUCCAUGCUCCUCCUGUCCAGAGCUCUGUAAUGCAUCCCACGCAGAGCAGCACCGCCAACUCCAUACCUAAACCUUUUCAACCCAUGCCUUUCAAAAGACAGGAGCCCAAUGGUAUCAGGUCAGUGAAGGCACCAACUGUCAAACCUUCCUGAUAGUGGCUGUACUCUUGCAGCCUGACUCUCACUUGUGAAACCUUUUUCAAGUAUUGUAUUUUAGUGUAUGUCUACAAAGUCAUCCUUCUAUUUGCAUGAGAUGCUAGAGAUACCUCACAUUUGAAUUAUAAGCUGAAUAUCAAAGCAGUAGUCCAUGUUACAUUUUAUCUAAGCUAGAUAAUUGGUUCUAUGUGAUCUGCUUUCAGUCUGUGUUAAAGUUUUUUGUCCUCAUCAGUCAGUUGAUGUAAAUAUUUAAUACAAUAAACAACAGUAGAGUCAACAUAUCUAUUAGAAAAUAAACUUUGAUAUAAAUAAUAAACAAGUUAAACUUGUUUAUGACAAAAAACAUGGCAUUUACUUAUUUUUUUAAUCGCAAUUGAAAAGAAAACUAACAAACAAUAUUUUUUUAAUGCCAUGCAAUGAAAUAUCGCUCUAAAAUAUUGCAUUAUUUUCCCAUUAAUAUUAUUUAUUUUGUUAUAACAUUCGAGGUAUAUGAUCCAGCACAUACAUUUUGAUUGACACUUGAAGAAUAAUUGGAAAACAUGUUGUCUUAUUGUUCUUUUCAUUGACUUUUUGAUUAGCUCAAAUAUACAAGAACCAAAAGUUGGUAGAAACUUGCCAUUUACACGCUAUAUACUCAUAAGGUUGUGCCUUAUUGUGUCCUUACAGAGUUUAUUACAAUCGUUGCAAUAUAUGUUAGAAUAUGAACAGUGUAGCAUUCAUUAUUGAUUAUAAUAUCAUUGCUAUUUUAAAUGUUUCUAUGCACCUGUUAAAGCUAACUGUUGAUCAGUUGUUGUUUAUUUUAUAGACGUAUAUAAAUAAUAAAUAUAUCAGUGGUAUUCUAAAUAGAAUUUUAUUAUACCCAGUAAAUUGAUUUAAAUGAGCGUCAUUAAAAUAAAAACUUGUUUACAAGUCUGGAGAUGUUUACAUGCUGAACCAAGCAUUGACCUACAUGUUUAGUCAAACCAGAUGCUGACAAAGCCUGUAAAACAAUGCUUUAUGUUAGAAGAUUCUUUGCUACCUAAUGUGCCAUUGUAAGUGCUAGUGCCUUUGUUAUAUUUUGUCUCCUUUUUUAUGUUACCCAUUUACCUUCAUAAAACUUUAUAUUACCAACCAAAUGUUCACAUAGAAAUGUUACAGUUUUGAUAUAAUUAUUUUUGUAAGAUAAUUUAUUACUAAUAGACUACUAUGAACAAAUACUUAUAGACACCCGGGUGUACUCAUAUUUUUAUAUUACAUAUUUAUAUACUUUGUUUUCCUUACUUUUAUACUUGUUCACUUUAGUUGUCUGAUAUACAAAACCAUGAUUGCAAUAGUCUUCCAAAACUUUUCUUCCAAGAUGUCAUUCCUGUAACUAUUUAUAGCUUAUUGCGGUUGUUAUUGUGAGCUUGGACUGAAGUUCCAUUCCCUCUUUUCCUCUCUUGUAUUUCUCGACAUUAUUAUGACUUGAUUAUUUAGCCACUUAUUUUCUUGAAUUCCCAAACACUUCUAAAGUCACUCUGUUAAGACGUUUCACAUUUAUAAAAGGGAGCACUUGAACAGAGUUUCUCAGGGGCAUGUAGCACAUGAACUACAUUGUGUGCCAGUGACAACUAUUUAGAUGAUAUAAUACAGAAUAGGAAGUCCUCAACUCCUAAAUUUAAGAAUGCCAAUGACAAAGAUUAUAGUAUUUGUGGUACAUAUUUGUUUGCAUAUCUUCAUAGUUUUAAACACAUAUAAAAAAAUUCUCUAGUAGUUACCACAUUAUAACUUGUCAAUCAGUCUUGUUUCACCAAAGAAAAAUGUUCAAAACUUGUUCAGAAGCUGCAUUGUUACAAAUGUUUCUAAAUCAGCUCCUUAAAAUAUUGUUCUUUAUAUCCUGUAGGUAAAGAGAAUGUGCUACAAAGUUUAUAUUUUUAUCUUUCCAUCUAUGCUGAAACAACUUGCCAAUUUCUGAAAAUGGAUUUGUUUUAAACCAUGGGGACAUUGAGUUAAUCAUUCUUAAUAAAUUAUGUCUGUUAUUUUUUUAUUUUUUUCUUUGGAUCUGAAUUUUGACAUACUCAGGCUAUCAAAGAAAAUGUAUGUGUGAAGAAAUCAAAUAUUUUUUUUUAUUAUCUCUAUAAUCAUAUCAGAGUGAACAAUCAUUGUGAGUGUUAACUAUUUGGAGAACAGUUUUGCCAUUAGUGUGAUCAUAUCAAGUUGUUACAAGUGUUCAUUUUGUAGAUAUCAUAAAUGGCAAGACAGAGUUUGAAAAAAAAAAUAUUUAAACAUUUAUUGCCAUUAUUUUCUGGUAUAUUCUAUCUGACUGUGAUAUUUGUGCCUUAUGUUUCUGUUAUAUGAUAUUUGUAAAUGUGCUAAAUGUUCAAAAUAGAAAUACCAUGUAAUAUAAUAUUGAGGACUAGACAUUGACUUGAUUCCUGUAAACAAUUUAAUUUGAUCUUUCUUCUAACACAAAUAUCAAACAUUAAAGUAGUUUCAGAAUGUAGAUUGAAUGAUAGAUUAAAAUGAAGUCAGAAUGUAGAUUGAAUGAUAGAUUAACAUGAAGUCAGAAUGUAGAUUGAAUGAUAGAUUAAAAUGAAGUCAGAAUGUAGAUUGAAUGAUAGAUUAAAAUGAAGUUUUAUGACUUGUUAUGAGAACAUAGGACGGCUGUCUGAUCAUAAGAUAGUGCUCUAGACUGUUGUGUCUAUGGGCCUCAGUUUGACCCUUGCCUGCCAUCAUUCCCUGCAAGAGGUUUGUGCGAGGAUGUAAUAAUCUUCAAUUCUGAAGGAACAGCUGAAACAUGAAACAUCUACCACAAACAAAACCAUAAUAAAAAUCAUGUAAGGCGUAAUAAUCAAAUAAUUUGAGUAUAUCUAACACAUGUGAAUCAAAAUAAAUUGAACUUACAAGUCUUCCUUAAUUGACCUACAUAUAGAGGCUGCAUUUUAAUUUAAUUGUUUAUAUUCAGUCAGCAUUUAUUUUGUAAUCUAAUACGUCAUUGAAAUAAGGUAAUCAAGUUAUACACUUAAGCUUAUACAGACAAAUGUUACAUUUUCUUAUAUAUUUAAAUUAGCUUUAUGUAGAUAAUCAUUUUAUUUGAUUAAAUAUCUGUUGUCUUUGCAUUUAUACCUAGAUCUAGGUGUUUUACUGUGAACUUAAGGGGCCUGCUCAACACAUUUUGUUGUUUAAGUUUUGAUUUACAAAGUCAAAUCUUUUCUGUGUAUGUGUUGGAGAUUUUUUUAAUUGCUAUGUGAAGUCAAAUUUGUUUUCGUGUAAGUUGAUGCUAGGAAUUUUGAUUCUUUUUUUUCCUGUGUAUUCUUCAAAGCAUCAAAUCAGCUGCUUUUAUUUUACCAAUAAUGUUUUCUAUUGACCCUAGCUUCCAUAAGUGUACUCUUAUGCUUUUUAUUUUGUUGUUCAUUUGAGUUUGCUGUUACUACUGUCACUAAUGUAUUGUUUCAGAUUAAUAGAUGUAUUUUGGUCAUGGAAGCUCUUUAAUUAUUGUUUUAUUCAAGAACUUGUAAUAGAUAAACUUGAAAUGUGAGAAUAAUCAGAGGAUUUUAUUCAAUUUACAAAAAGAUGUUUUUAAAAAACCCCACAAAAACUUAUUUCUUUAAAGUAAAACUUAAUUCUGUUUUAUUUGUACCUUUUUAACUUUUUUUUGUUUGUUUUUCACUUUUGUAUUUCCAAGUGGUCAACAUUUUUAAAGCCUAAAGUUUUUUAAAGCUAAUGGUGACAAAUUGAGUUUUAUUUUUGUGCUGUGAUAAUUAAAAAUUGGCAUAGUUAUUUCAACUAAUUGUUUUACUUAAUUGAAAUAAUUUGCUUGAUAACAUAAUAAACUAGCUAAAUUUUACACUUAUUAAUAGGUUCCUAUUUUAGCUAAAUCAAAUGUGGCCACCUUUGUAUUAUGCCUAUGUUAAUGUCUCUAUGUCUAGUAGAGUGUACAACUGACUACAUUCUCAUCCAAUAUUAGAGUUGGUGCCAAUUGUUGAACUCUGGGAUGUCCCUCAGGCAUGACUCAAUGAAACAUUUCUGAUGUACACUUUUCUGGUUGUCAUUCCAUUAGUGGGUUACAGUUGUUAGGAGCCAGGAAGUACAGGGUAGCCCAAUAGUAGGUUGACAGUUAUCAGGCAGAGUAUUUAUAUGAAACUUUGACACUAGAACAGUGGGAAAUUUGUUUUACCUGUUAACAUAAACAUAAAACAAUUGAAUCUCUCGGAUGCUUCAAAAUGUCUUCCUUGAACAUGGCAACAUUCUUGAUACCUCUCUGGGGCACUCAAGACACAUGUGAAAGGUAGUUUAAUAUCUGUAAACCUACUUUUGGGCCACCCUGUAUACAAUGCUAGAGUGAUGCCCUUACUUUUAUAUGUUAAAACAGAUACGUCAAAGAAUUUUUUUUUAAUUAAAUGAUUUGAAAAAAAAUUAAAUCUUUCAUUGUUUAGAUCAUGAUUUCUUGAAGUUGUUUACAUUUUUUGUAAUUCGAACUUACUUUUUUUUUUUUUGAUAACUAGUUUUAAUGAUUGUAAAUAAUCAUUUGUUGUAGAAGAUGGACUGUUCCAGACUCUUACAUAAGGUUUUGUUGCUUUUGUAUUUUUAUGGUAGUCAGUGCAACUCAUGUUAUCAUUAAAAAAUAAAAUACACAAUUUAAACCAAUGAAGAAACUAAAACUACAUCAGUGUGAAAAUUAAAAUAAAAAAAAACUGCCUUUAAAUUCCACUUUUUCAAAGUCUUUUAGAUUUUUUUUUUAAUCACUUGAAUAUUUUAAAUUUUUUUUUGUGUUUUUAUUGGAAACAUUUGUGUGAAGUAUUUUCUCCAUUGAACUGAAUACAGGAGGCUGAGUGCUAGAGCAUCAGGUCUGAAGAAAGAAGCACCCACUUCAUAUUUCCAUGUAUAUCAAAAUGUAGAUUCCAUUCAAACCCACAACAUCCCGCUCCCCCCGUCCAGAUGGUUGUUUGACACUGAAAUGAAGCUCUAGUGCAAUAAUUAUCUGCUGAUCUAGUGUGUGGUACUCAAGUAUUAGCCAAAGCUCAUCUCUACUGAUAUACACCCAGUGACUGAACUUGAUUGUCUUGUGUCACUUGUAAUAGGAUGUCUAAAACUGCAAUGCCCUUGAUAAAAACUUUGAUUAUGUUUUGUGUUUCACUGUUCUGAGACUAUUUCCUUUUCCUUGAAAAAAAUAAUUGAUUCAUUGUUUUCUUAAUUUGCUUUUUGUGUCUUGAUUGCAGUUCUGCAUGUCAUUACUCUGUGCUUUUAUUUACAAUAAAAUACAAGGAAUUGA